GAUUUCUUUAUACAGAUAAAGAGAUGAAUGCACUCUUUGCUUUCCCCCAUUCAUUUUAUCUUCAUUCUUCUUGUUCUUUUGUUGCUUACUAUUUCUCUUCUUUUUGCUAAGUCAUGUCAUGUGAUUUGAGUUCUUCUCUACUCUAAAAUACUUGAAUUUUCUCACUUUCUCAUAUUCCUUUAUCUCUGCUCAAGUUAUUAUUUUGAAGAGAGACCAAAAUGGCUGUGGCUAUGGCUGCUUGCAGUCUUGGACUUCACUUGAGUGCUGAUAACAGCUUGAGAGCUUUGGAUAAAACCAUUUGCUGUGCCCCUUUCCUCAAGUCCUCCUCUGUGUUUGAUGCUACUAAACCAUGUUACAUUCUUCACAAAACAAGAUUGUCAUCUUCAGGAAUUACAAACAUCCCUCGAGCAACAACAACUGUGACUGAUGUGGAGGAUGGAAAUCAAGGUGAGGCUGAUACCAUUCCAACUCCCAUAGUUAUAAUUGAUCAAGACUCUGAUCCAAAUGCAACUGUGGUGGAGAUAACCUUUGGUGAUCGACUUGGGGCACUUCUUGAUACUAUGAAUGCAUUAAAAAACUUAGGACUUAAUGUUGUUAAGGCAAAUGUCUUUCUGGAUUCCUCUGGCAAGCACAACAAGUUUUGCAUCACAAAAGCUGAUACCGGUAGAAAAGUGGAAGAUCCAGAAUUGUUAGAGGCAAUCCGUUUGACAAUUUUAAAUAAUAUGAUUCAAUAUCACCCGGAAUCAAGCGCCCAGUUAGCUCUGGGAGCAGCUUUUGGACUUGUGCCUCCAAAGGAACAGGUUGAUGUGGACAUAGCAACCCACUUAACCAUCACUGGUGAUGGCCCAGAUCGAAGUUUACUCUAUGUGGAGACAGCUGAUAGGCCUGGAUUACUGGUGGAUCUUGUAAAGAUCAUUACUGACAUUAACAUUGCUGUUGAAUCCGGAGAAUUUGACACAGAGGGGCUGUUGGCUAAGGCAAAGUUUCAUGUCAGCUACAAGGGUAAAGCCAUCAUCAAGCCUCUCCAGCAGGUUCUUGCUAACAGCUUGAGGUAUUUCUUGACGCGACCAUCAACCGAGGAAUCCAGUUUUUGAGUUUGGAAUAUAACCACGCUGGAAUUGCAGGAUGCAUAUUCAUUCUGUUUCUUGUUAUUCUUCAUUUGGAGGACAAAUGCAGAAUAUAUUUAACCAAAAGCUGGAGUCAUUAACUCUAAAAUUUAAUAAACUUUGAUCGCAUUGUAAA